AUGGAUAACGCAUGCGCAAGCCCCGACUGGGUCUCCAGGCCGAAGCUCAAGCGCCCAGCAGGCAGCGGCAUUUCUCCAGGAGGCCGCUUCAAAAAGCCCCGAAUCGUGUACAACUCCAAGAAACAUCGCGAUCCCUUCAAUCUCUCCCUCUCCGCCGAUGACGAGAAAGAGAACCUGACCGAGAAAGUCGCGGAACGGGUUGGAGGAGAUGUACAUGUCGGCGUGCCAGCAGCGAACGUACAAGUCGCCCAUGUAGGAAACACGACCACGACUCAGCCGCCGCAAAAGCAGGGGGCGAAGAAAGGGCAGGAGCCGAAGACAAAGCAAAACAAGAUCCCCCCAAGCCCCUCGACAGAAUGGUACACAAUCUCCAAAAUCGUCCGCCAGCGACCGUCAACCGCAACCGCAAAGAAAAACGUCAACCCCGAACCCGAAUACCUCAUCCAAUGGGCCGGAACCCAACCCAACGGCAAACCCUGGCCGUGUUCAUGGGAGCGAGAAUCACACAUCAACGCAGCAGCUCUCGAGGAUUGGAACGCCGAAAUUCUGCGUCGGAAAGGCAAGGUGGAGGAGUGUGAGAGUGGGAAGCCGGUGAAGAGUGGGACUCGGGUGGUUGGGGAGUGUGGGUAUGAUGCGGGGAAGGUGGCGAUGAGGUUGGUUGGCGGGCGGGAGGUGAUGGUUAGGUGGGAGAAUGUUAGGUUUGGGGAUUUGAUGGUUUGGGAUGGGAUGGGGUUGAAUGAGUGACGAUGCUGUGGGCUUCUGGGGGCAUGUCAAAUUUAUAGGCUUGUACAUAUGACCAGGCUUCAAGCAAGGAAUG